UUUCCCUCUUUUCUUUGUUAGGGAGAAUUGGAGAAGUUAAAUCAAUCCACUGAUGACAUCAACCGGCGGGAGACUGAACUUGAGGACGCUCGUCAGAAGUUCCGCUCUGUGCUGGUUGAGGCAACAGUGAAACUGGACGAGCUGCUGAAGAAGAUUGGCAAAGCCGUGGAAGACUCGAAGCCCUACUGGGAGGCGCGGAAGGUGGCGAGGCAGGCUCAGCUGGAAGCUCAGAAAGCCACGCAGGACUUCCAGAGGGCCACGGAAGUGCUCCGGGCCGCCAAGGAAACCAUCUCCCUGGCCGAGCAGCGGCUGCUGGAGGACGACAAGCGGCAGUUCGACUCUGCCUGGCAGGAGAUGCUGAAUCAUGCCACCCAGAGGGUCAUGGAGGCAGAGCACACCAAGACAAGGAGCGAGCUGGUGCACAAGGAGACAGCUGCCAGGUACAACGCAGCCAUGGGCCGCAUGCGGCAGCUGGAGAAGAAACUCAAGAGAGCCAUCAACAAAUCCAAGCCUUAUUUUGAACUCAAGGCAAAGUACUACAUGCAGCUUGAGCAAUUAAAGAAGACCGUGGACGACCUGCAGGCCAAGCUAGCCCUGGCGAAAGGCGAGUACAAGACGGCCCUGAAGAACCUGGAGAUGAUCUCAGAUGAGAUCCACGAGCGGCGGCGCUCCAGCGCCAUGGGGCCUCGGGGCUGCGGGGUCGGGGCUGAGGGCAGCGGCACAUCCGUGGAGGACCUGCCAGGGCGCAAACCUGACCCAGACGCCGUUUCAGUGGCCUCUGAAGCCUUUGAAGAUGACAACUGCAGCAACUUUGUGUCUGAAGAUGACUCGGAGACCCAGUCUUUGUCCAGCUUUAGUUCAGGACCCACGAGCCCAUCUGAGACGGUCGACCAAUUCUCUGCAGUUGUGAGGCCCGGCAGCCUGGAUCUGCCCAGCCCUGUGUCCCUGUCAGAGUUUGGGAUGAUGUUCCCGGUAUUAGGCCCUCGCAGCGAAUGCAGUGGGGCCUCCUCCCCGGAGUGUGAGGUGGAACGAGGAGACAGAGCAGAAGGGGCAGAGAAUAAAACAAGUGACAAAGCCAACAACAAUCGGGGGCUUAGCAACAGCAGCAGUGAUGGUGGCAAGAGCCAAAGCAGCGCCUCCCCUGAGGGCCAGGCCUUGGUGAACAGGAUGAAGCAGCUCGCCCUCCAGUGCGCAAAGGGAAGAGAUGGGAUUAUUGCUGAUGUAAAAGUGGUGCAGAUCGGCUGAUCCAUCCAAGGUUCUGGCCCCAAUACAUAUCACUAUUUAAACGAAACUGUGGAGAAUGUUGUGCCAAUAAUCCUUUAAUACAUGCCAAAUCGUAAGCGUUUACUCUAAACUGCACUAGUGAAGUUUCGGCGACCUUGAGGGCUGAAGACUUUUCUUCUGGGUAAGAGCUCUUAGGCUGGUUUGUUUUCCAGAGCAGAAUUUUUGUUGCAGGUGGACUGUGACCAGGUUCACAGUCUUUGUGGAGCAUUAACUGCAACAGUGUUAUGGAAGCAAUAACUAGUUCCUACGAAAGAUCCCGAGCCAGGAAAGGAGCUUGGAAGCUGACCCCACCUGGGGUCAACAGCUUGCUUCUCUUUCCCAUCUCUCACCCUCAGUUUGGGAAAAUAUGUUCUCUCCUUUGUAUCUCAGGGGGGGAUCUAAAUGAAAAGAGGAAGCUCAAAUAUUCAGAACAUACCUUUUUGACCCAGUGAAGGCAUAAAAAGUCCAAGAACAUAAUUCAUUUUUAUCAUCUCUGGUGUUGAGAAGGGGCUUUAAAAAGUGUAUGUUGGGACACCCAUUAAAACCAUUUUCUAUAAAGGUUACUAUGAACUGCACUUUUGGGGGGUGGGAAAGGUGAAUGCCAGUGUGGGAAUGGGGGAUUGGGGGGAUGAGGGUAGCAAGGACAUGCCAUAGAAUGGGAUUUGUGGCUGUGGGAGAGAAGGUUCUAUAGCAUAAACCUGAUCCCACCAGCUGCCAGCCAAGGGGACUUAUUCUAAGAAGUGCAUGUGAAGAACGGUUGCCACUGUUAUUCUAGAUUGACAAGGUGUUAAUUUCUCUGUAGGUUGUAACUUUAAAAAUAAAAAACUUAUUUAAGGGUUAUGCUACACUAGUAUUUCUUAGAGGAAAUUGUUUCUUAAAGCUAGGAAAGGGAGUAGGCAUGUGUUGGCAAAGGCUGUUAACUAGAUGCAAUGGAGUCUGUUAGUCUAAUAGUGAGUGUUAAGACUGCUUUUCUUUAAUGUUUUCAAUGUUACACAUAUUUAAGAGCAUUGUAUUUUAUGUUAAGAAAACUUGGCAUUUCUAAAAGGAAAAAAGCAACCCCAUUUCAAGUUGUUCGUUAAUUCUGUCACAACUGGUAUAUUUUAGUCAUUUGUAAAUCUUCAUACUGUAGCGUUUUCUCCUUUUUUAAUGACUGAUACAGUAUCUUAAUUACAAGGUUAUUUUGUACUUGUCUUAAUACCUUAAGUGUAAUAAAACCCGCUUAAGAAAAUGUCUAGCUUUCUAUGACUUCAAAUGAGAAAUCUCGAUGUUGCCUAAAUCUUCUAAUCUAGGCAACUUUCUUGCCAUAGGAAGAGCAUGGAAUGCAGUGGUCAUCUGUUCUUAUUUUCAAUUAAAAGUCAUGGAUCCUCAUAAUUUAAGCCCCAAUUACCAAGGUUUGAAUCAGAAUUCUACUUUUGCUGCUACAAAACUUAGCAAUAAGGAGACAGUGGCAGGAAAAUAAAGACAAGAUGGUUUUAUCGAAA